UGAACGAGAAGGAGGGACUCAGGCCUCAGGAGCACUGAAGAUGGACAGGCUUUGAAAAACAAGCCCUUCAGCUGCUCUCGUGGACAGAGUUCUGAGACUGCGAGCUCUCGAGACAUCUCUGACGAUUUGAGAAGAGCCUGUGUUGAGCCGACCUCAUCAUGGAACUGGACAACUUUGAUCCUGAAGACAAAGAGAUACUGAGCUGGGAUAUUAACGACAUGAAGCUGCCUCAGAAUGUGAAGAAGACUGACUGGUUCCAGGAGUGGCCAGACUCCUACGUGAAACACAUCUACAGCUCAGACGACAGGAGCGCACAGCGCCAUCUGAGCAGCUGGGCCAUGCGCAACACCAACAACCACAACUCCCGGAUCCUCAAGAAGUCGUGCCUGGGGGUAGUGGUGUGCAGCAGGGACUGUUCCACGGAGGAAGGCCGCAAGAUUUACCUGAGACCCGCCAUCUGUGACAAAGCCAGGCAGAAGCAGCAGAGGAAAAGCUGUCCCAACUGCAAUGGACCCCUGAAACUAAUUCCCUGCAGAGGCCAUGGCGGCUUCCCAGUCACCAACUUCUGGAGGCAUGACGGACGCUUCAUCUUUUUCCAGUCCAAAGGAGAGCACGAUCACCCCAGGCCGGAGACCAAGCUAGAAGCAGAGGCACGAAGAGCCAUGAAGAAAAUGCACAUGGCCUCUGCCUCCAGCUCCUUACGGAUGAAGGGGAGACCAGAAAUGAAGGGUCUCCCAGGUGAAAUCCCGAGUCAGGGAAGUUUACCUUUAACUUGGUCAUUCCAGGAAGGCGUCCAACUGCCCAGCGGUUACAGCACACCUUUAAUAGCUAACGCUCCCCAGCAGAACUCCCUGAAUGAUUGCCUGUCCUUCCCCAAGAGCUAUGACUUGGGGGGAACCACUGAGCUAGAAGAUCCAACUUCCACCUUAGAUCCCACGAAGCUCUAUGAGAGAUAUAAGUUCUCCAGCAGUAGGGUCUACAGCACUGAAGACCAGUUCCAGCCUCCUGUCCCCGGGGUGUACGGAGAUUAUGAUGAAGCACAGACCUGGAAUAAAAAUGCCGUCUUCGGGAGAAAUCCUACUGACGACACCUACUAUCCGCCCUACCCUCUGCCUGUGGCCAGCUGGCCCUGUGACUACCUUCCCUCCCAGAGCUCUUUGGAGCACUCUCCCCAACAGGCUCCACUGGAGCUUCCUGCAGCUCAACCCGGCCAUCAUCCCUUGUGGACCAAUCCCGGAGGUGAGCCUUACGAAGAGAAAGCUCCUGUGGAUUUCAGCAGCUAUGUGCCUUCCGUCUCGUACCACUCCCCUCAGCAGGACCCCUUUCUGCUCGCUUACGGCUCUCAUCCUCAGCAGCAGUACACGCUGCCUGGUAAGAGCAACAGGUGGGAUUUCGAUGAAGAGAUGGCGUGCAUGGGCUUGGAUCACUUCAACAACGAGAUGCUCCUAAACCUCUGUUCUUUAAAAUAACUCAGAGCCCGCUUUCCUGCUCUCCCCAUCAU